AUGCCAGGUCGGCUCAAGAUUCAGCGUCCCUCUCCGACGACUGUCUCUUUCACGGUAUCAAAUGCGCCCCAACGGUCGAGUUCCCCGGCCAAGAUCUUGUUCGGCCUACAGAUCCUGCUACGUGCAUUGUUGUUUCUCUGUGUAGUAGUUGUCGGUGUCACGGUACUUCGACAUCUCGUCUUCAAAGGAGAUGACGGGAUUGUCAGCUGGCCCCUUAUCUGGUCCAGUGCGCUUGGGUCGAAGCUAUGUUGUUUUGUGGAUUCAUACAAUCCGCUAGCAAUAGCAGUGGUCGGCGCAUUGGUGUUGUACGGUGUAUUCAGAAAAGGCUACACAGAGGAAUCGCUGUUGGUUAUUCGAGGAUUUGGUAUCCAGACCUCGACAUCAUCAGCUACCUACCUAUCGACCGCCGCAACAAGGUUCAUUCCCACUACUCAAAUCCAAGACAUCGUCAUUCAUGAAGCCUUCAAAGGCUUCGAAGUUCGCUUUUACUUGGCGGUCAUUGUCGAAGGCGAGCCCAAUGCCGUGGUCGUAUUCCCGCAUACAUUACCCAGACGAGAAAUCCUGGAGCAGGUGUGGAGGGGCUCAAGGAGGUGCCUAUACGACGCGAAAUCGUGA